UGUGAUCAAUCACUACCGACUCGUCUCUUGACUGCCUAGUGCCUGAUCUCUUAUUGCAGGCAAAACUACAGGAUGAAGUUAAUGUACGUGAUUCUUCUGGUGGCCUUCGUGGCUCUGGCCUACGCUGGCAAGCCUGCCAAGCAGCGUCGUUCCCCUGAUGGAUGGCAGAAAUCGUCGGAGAAAUUAGGAGGAUCUAGGCACGAAUACAGGGCUACUCAAUCUUCCGAGUCGUCAGAAUCUUCGGAAGCCUCUUCCUCCGAAGAAGUUACCACUGAAUCGUCGGACCAGACAACUUCGCAGAAGAGUCCCUAUCACUAUCAACGUUCUUCCUCUUAUAAAAGCUCCUUUGCCAGUAAGCCGCGUGAUGCCCGCUUGGGGAGGGACUCUCGAAAGGAGCACCAAAAAUACUUCAUAGGAAAUCCUCACAAAGAAACUGUCCCCAAAAGUAAAGAAGCAAAGGUAGAAUCUCAUCUAAAUAAGCAAAUAGAACAGAGUUUGGAAAGACGUCGUAGGGAAACGGUCGUUGAUGCUCCUUCAGACAUCAAAUACGAAAAGAAGUCUGCCUACAAAUCGCCAAAGCACCGGCAGGAUCUCCCUCAAGAGGUGAAAUCUAAACCCGUCCUAUCGAGAACCGUAGUCACUCCUUCCGUUGAUCAAGCCAUUGAAGAAUCUCAACCAGAUGCUGUAGAACUAAAGUUGAUGGAGACUCUGGAACUCCUGAGAGCCUCUAGGCAGAAAAAGGAGCCUGAAUCUUCAUAUGACCAGUUCCUCUACGAAGAGGACGGUACAGAGCCUGAAUAUGAAGGGGAAUACGACCAGGAGAUACUGGCUCCGCAGGUAGACCAGGACGUCGUGGAUGUCCGUAGAGUGUCUGGCAUCGUAGAUGGUAAAGUCCUGUUCAAAGCGGCCAAGCUUGAUUCGGCUGAUGAUAUCGUGAGGAUUGUUGAACUGUAUGAUCUUUAUAACAAGAGACGGUAAAAUAUUUGUAAGCCUUGUUAGACUUCAUUAAACUAAAUUUGAA